ACGUAAAUGGCUGACAUAAUUUCUUGCUGCAGUAAACAAAUUUAUUUAAGGAUGAAUGCAACGUAUUUUCAAUUAUGCAGAGAAUUUAUGACAAAUUUUUCUAGAUUUUUUGACAUUUACUUUUACGGGGUAGGACAUAUAAAUUUCAGUUCAGGUUUUGUUCUUAUUGUUUUUAAAUAAUAGCAAGUAAUAAUGUCAAAAGGUCAUAAUAAUAUGGAGAUUUAAAAACUUUUCAUAUAGAUAUAUACUUGUAAACAUUAUGUUCAUCACUGGCGAAGUGCUUGCAGACACUUUAGAGUUUCUUGUCAACUAAGAAAACGUCGUUAUGGCACCUUCAAAAUCAAGGAAGGGCAGAUACAAGAAUGUUAGUGUCACUAAAGACGGCAAUUUGUUAAAAGAAACUUCACCUGUCAAAAACGUGGAAAAUGAAAACAAAACUGACGAACUAAAACAUCCAAAUAAACACCUUGAGGAAGUUAUACUUCUGAUAAGUAGAAGCCACAACAACGAGAAAAGAUCGAAUGUGGAGAACCUAAAUGGAGAUUUACUGAGAAAAAAACUUCAGACUGAAAAAUUCUUCACCAAUUCUUUGUUGCUAGAAAUAAAGGAUUAUUUUCAGCCUUUGUUGUCGAUACAAGAUCGUGAAAAUAAAUUGAUUUAUUUGGAUGAUGCGUUAAAAGUUUUAAGAGGUCUGAUUGAUAUGUUGGAGAAAACAGAUAUUGAUCAGCUUGAAUCAGUAACUCUAGCUUGUAGCUUGGCUUCAAAAUCAUUUUUGCACUGCUUUUCCCCAAAAUUGGCAUUGAUUGAGGAACUGUGUGAAAAAGCUGUAAAACUUAUGUUUCAUAUAAUGAAGCAAAUGUACAAAAAACCAUACAUAGCUGGAUUAGUGGUUAUCGUAAAAGAUAUGCUGAAAUUGCUCAUGCAGAUGAAACAGCAUGAUGGAUUUUUUAAUGAAGACAUAAAAAAGCUAUUUUUCACCACACAUCAAAUGUGUUACGCAUUAUAUGCUAAAUUUUUACCUAAUUGCAUCAAAACAAAGUCUAGUGACCUCGCGUUGCUGUUCGAGUUACGGGUAAUCAGUUUGGCUGUUUUGUCUUACGCAGAUUGGCAAAAAAAUAAAUUUAUUGAAUGCACUGAAGAAUUUAUUCUCAGAUGGAGGAAAAUUUUAUUUCAAUCUUUUAGUUAUGAAACAGAAUAUGUAGUAGAGAGUUUAACUUAUCUUGUUACCACUUUAAAUAAACUUUUAAACUGUGAAGAGUCUUUCAAACAGAUAAAACGAAUUAGAUGGGAAUUAACUUAUUUAUAUUCUGGCAUUAUAAUAUCAAACAACUAUGACAUACGUUUUGAACGUGACUUUCAAAGCUUGCCCUGGAAAGGGUGUUUAGAUCAAUUGGAUUUAGCGGGAUUAAAAAACUUAUGGAUGCUAAAAAAAACACUAAUGCAAGAUUCAUCGAGUUGUCAUCACAAACUGACAAUCAUCACGAAGAUCACGUCAGACUUUACAUUGUGUUUGUUAAAAUACAUAGAAACGCAAGAGAUCAAUCUGUUCAAAAUAUUCGAUUUCCUAUCAUUGUUAAAAUUUGCACACAAACAACAGAAAUAUUUAUGUAGAUGUUUUCUCCAAUUUCAUUUAAAUUUUUUACGAAUAUUACUAAAGACAAAAAGAUUCAUUCAAGCAUUAAAAAGUUUGAAAGAAAGGGAGCAAAAGAUGCAUUUUCAAUCUUUGUGUUAUUGUUUAGCUGAGACAUUAAAACAACUUUAUGGGUUUCUUUUUACAACCAAUGAUGAUACGUGUCAGGACUGCAAAAAUGAUGAAAAUUCACGAUUGUGUAUUGUCGAAGAAUACAAAGAUUUCGCAAACACUGUGUUAAACUUUGUGAAUAAAGUUAACACAAACAACCAUGAAGAAGAUCUUCAAAAACUUGAAAAUUGUUUUUAUAAAAUUUCAAUAGCAUUUAAUGUGAAUCGUGAAUAUGACCUCGCUGUCCCAGGUUUUUGUUUUGUUGUAUCCUUUGCAACUAAAGUGAUGGAAACUAAUGACAAUAAAGUAUCUGACAUUAAAGAGAUCUGUGGAAAGUACAAUGCUCUUAUUCAGUGUUAUACCAAGUUGGAAAAGACAAGUUUUGCAUACAAAACAAGUGUACAAUUGUUAAAUAAACUGAAACUCAUGUCUACCAUUCUUUUUGGCGAGGUUGAACCAUUUCUUUAUACUCAAGUUCAAUACUAUGUCAAGCUCAAGUUUUGGCUGGCUGAUUCAAAUGAAAAAUUAAAACCUAAACUUUUAAAAAGUUGUUUGCGUGAUGAACUGGAAGAACUUCCUGAAAAUAUGGAUGAAUUUUGGUCUGUAGUGUUGCAGCAUGAAUAUAACUUAUGUAAAAAACAAAGCAAGUAUGAUAUUCAUGACUUGCUCAAAAGAUUAGUUGAAUUACGUAAAGAACUUCAUGAAAAAGAAGGGGAUCUGCUGAAGUAUUCAUUGAUGAUGUUGGAAUUUGCUUCCCUGUCGGUUUUUAAAAGAGAUGAGAGACAUCAUUGGUGCCAGGAAGCAAUUAGCACACUUGAAGAAAUGCACAAUCAACUAUGCGAUAGCGGAGAUGACUUAGAAUGGCAUGUCCGUGAUGUAUUAGCAGUUGGUUAUUUUCAAACAAGUGUCAUGCAGUAUGAGGAAAAGGUAAUGGAAUCGUCUGCAGAUGAAAAUCAACACAUAAGUGAUUUAAUUGGAAGUUGUUCUGAAGAAAGUGAUGACAGUGGUGGCAAUCUUGUUGACAAAUUACACGAGGAAGAUUACCUUGACAAAGAAUUUUUAAUAUCAUUAAACAUGGCGGUGGAGCUAUGGACUGAAAUCUGUCAACAUGCUAUGACUGUUGCACAUGAAAAGAAUCAGGCUGCACUUUUCCAAAAUGGUGAGCAAGCUGCUAAACUUUUGUAUGAUAGUGCUGUCUUUUAUUCCUUAGUAAGUCAGAACUUUAAUGCCAUUCAAGCUGCCUAUUUAUCUGGAUUUAUAUAUCAAAUCCUUUCAUCUGAAAGUGCGGCAACAGAAUUUAUUGAAAAACAAACAAUGGCUUGGUCAUUUGCUGCAAUGCAAUUUCUUAAUAUUAAAAAUACAAGUAAAGGAGAAGCAUUGCUUGAAAAAUUAAAGGCAAUGAAAGUGGAAUCUAAGCCGACCCAGCAUCAAAUAGAUGUUACUACUGCAGCUUAUUUACUUACUAGUGGACAGAUUGACCCAUCAGUAUGUAUAUUAAAGAAUGUACUCGAAGAUCUGUCGUCCGAAAAAACAAAGAUGGCAUUUACACUAAAAAGCGAUGUGUUUUAUCUACUUUCAUUUUUAAAGUUGCUACCAUCAGCUAAGAAAAACGAAGAACUCUCAACUGAAGCUGUGGUAGAUGAACACUUUCCAGCAAAGUCUCCUUUCCCUCUCGUUGCUGACAGUUUGAAAUUUUUAAGAAGUUUGUACGAGGCUUGUAUCUUGCAAUUGCAAGUUGACGGUGGUUUUACGUUUUCGUCAAGUUGGUUAAUCCUUGAUAAACUUAUAAUGUGUCUAUCUUAUCAAGCUGAGUUGUUAAAACAGCAAGGAUCUGGAUUAGAAGCUAAAUCCUAUCUCAAAGAAGCUCUAUUACUUGCUAAAAAGUUCCAUCUCUCAUUCAGAGUUGUUGAUAUCCUUCAGAAACUAGCUUCUGUUGACAUGAUGCUGCACAAUGAGUUAUCCUUCAAUCAGUGUUUCAAUGCAACAACAAAAAUCUUACAAUCCUCAGUUCUGGAUUGUUUACAAAACGAUGAUUUAUAUUUGCCUGAGUUUGUCACACAUGUUCCUGAAUGUUCGUGCAAUUACUGUGUGUACCCUAAACUUCAAGAAAUUCAUAUUUCCUUGUACCUGCAAUACAUCGAAAGCAGAAGACAAUUUUUCAAAACUACGCUUGAUGAUGAGCGAUGCCAGCAGAUUGUUGAUGCGCUGAUCGAAAAUGCAAAAAAUCGAUAUACAGAAUCUUUUCAUCAAGUGACUAAAUUAAUCGAUUUAACUGCCAAUUGCAGUGAUGAAGGAAAUGUGACUGAAGAAACAAUAAAGUCGGUAAAAAGGAAAGUGACAAAGAAAAAAAGAGUUAAAAAGUCUACCCCUGUCAGCCAAGUUGAUACCGAGCUGCAUUAUUUUUCUAAAUACGAUGUAGAAGCAAAGAUUAUUAAGCCAAGCUUAAAACAAACAAAUAUUUGUAUGAUUCAAACUGUGGAGCAGUUGAUUGUAAACAUGGAAAAAACCAAACCAAUGCACGCCACUCAGCACGAAUUUCAUCGUCUCACUGCACAGCUUUAUUGUCUUCGAAGUUUGUUAUGUCUUGGAGAGGAUAUCAUACAAAAACAUUGGUACAAAAGUAAGACUGUGGAAAGUGGUAGUGAAACAACAAGAGAAUGCAGCGUUGCUAAGAAAGGUAGAUCUCAAGGUCGAAAUAAAGUUGAAAAGAAGCCCACUAGAAAAGCUAAGUCUCAGAAAAAAGUGAAACAAGAGGUAUUGUCAGAAGAAGAGGAGCAUGCAGCAGGUUUUAGUAUGCAUAACUUCAUAGAGGAUCUUAAGAAAGCACUUUCUGUGUUAAACCCAUACACAGACACACUCAUCAUUAAGGCGAUUUAUCAAAUCUUGUCGGCCAUAUCAGGCAUAUCUGAUGUUAACCUUGCCACAACUUCACAUCUGCUGUCAUCAGCGAGAAUUCUUCAUCAACAGAUCGUUAGUUCGUGCAGCAAGAAAAUACAGAAACUAAAAAGUGAAAAGAAGAAUGGUCUAAGUGAAUCCAAACUACUUUCUACAACUAACAUACUGGAAAAGUACAGUGAUCCAGAAUUUGUGUUCAGUGAAGAAAAAAUACAACCUUUGAUAGACAAAUACAUACCUGAAGGUUGGUGUAUAUGCAGUCUGUCACAAUCUGAGGUGAAUUCUAAAAAAUAUUUGAUGAUAAGCAGGGUGGAAGCUUUUAAACCUGCAGCUAUUGUAAACAUCAGCUUAUCCAAUUGUGAAGAGCAGAAUCCUGCAGGUAAGAGUGUUGUGUGUGAUCUCAUCGCAGCGUUUAAUGACGACUCUGAGGAUUUAUUUGAGAAGUUUUUAUCCAUACAACAACAGAACAUGGAUAGCAUGAAAUUAAAAGACAGGAAAUCAUGGUGGAAUGAAAGAUAUCGACUGGAUCAACAGUUAAAGUCCAUCAUGUCAAAGUUAGAGAACGAAUGGCUGCAAGGAUGGAAAGGCUUGUUGCUUGGUAACAUUGAUGACGAUGAAGAAGAAAGAAAAAUAUUAAAAAAUGUGGAAAGUAUUAUGGAUGAGAUUACAACAUCUUUUGGAGUGGAGACAAAUAGCGUAUUAGUUAAGGCUUUAAUCAAUGGAUUUAAUUAUUGCUCUGAAUCCCAUCUCCUGGAAAGUUUAAGAUUUAUGUUUGGUGAUGCCAACGCGGAGAAUGCCCUUAAGAUAUUUAAAAAACAUAUCAAACAGCCUGUUAAAACAAAGGGAAAAUCUAAAUUAGGAUCUGAGUCAUCAGAGAGUUCAAUUACAAAAAGAAAGCCUGUGAUACUAGUGUUAGACAAGACUAUACAGAAAUUACCCUGGGAAAGCAUACCAAUUCUUCGGGAUCAACCAAUUUCUCGGAUGCCGUCACUUUUACUUGCAGCUACACAUUGUAUGAACAAUCAGGAACUUUUGUUAAAUGGAGUAUCAACAGAAAAAGGAUUUUAUAUUGUGAAUCCAAGAAACGAUCUUAAGCGCACUGAGGAAAUAUUCUCUGAGUGGUUCAAGAGCAAUGGUUGGGAAGGUAUCGUGGGUAGAGCUCCCACUACAACAGAAUACACUGAAGCUCUCACAGAAAAUGAUUUAUUUAUAUAUUGUGGCCAUGGUAGUGGUCAGGAGUAUCUUCGAUGGGAGGCACUACAAAAACUUGAGUGUAGGGCGGUUUCAAUAUUAAUGGGUUGCAGUAGUGGGAAACUGACUGUUUGUGGAGAAUUGGAAGCACGUGGCAUGGUACAGUAUUAUCUAUUAGCAGGAUGUCCGACGGUUGUCGCUAAUUUAUGGGAUGUAACGGAUAAGGAUAUCGACUUAUUUUUGGAAUCACUACUCAACCUUUGGAUGACAAAGUCAAAAGGAACUGAUAUUGCGCAAUGUGUUAGUGAAGCAAGACAAGUGUGUAAAUUACCUUAUCUGAUUGGUGCUGCUCCCGUUGUUUAUGGUUUACCGAUAAAAAGUCGGAAAUAGGCUGGCUUAAAGAAGAAGCGAGAUUGGAUACGUCAAGGACUAGGCAUUAUUCAGAAAUAAAAAAGAUGAUGGAGAAUGGUUUUAUGUUGUUGUUUUUUUUAUAUUCGAUAUGUGAUGAAUUUUAUUUUAAUUUAUAUCUAUAAAUAUCUAACUCUAAUGAUUAA